AGUUUUUGGAAAAACGCUGUUCUCAUUCUGCCCUGGGAAAUUCGGACGUAAUUUUUUUUUUAAUUUCGCCAUUUUUACCUAAUUUAAGAAAAACCCUAAAACUUGACUCCGUCUCAUUUUCGACACUUGAAUUUCCACUCUGUUUGAAGAAUGAAAAAAUAAGCUAUAUACACUGAAAAAUCUGCUCAUUGUAACAACCGCCAAUCUCCACGGCGUUCGUCACCUUUCUCUCUUCAAUCAGAGGAGUGCUAAAAAAGGUACAUUUUUGUGUAAUUCUUUUGUCCGAUUGGAAUUUGAUUAGUGUAUAUUCGAACCUUUAAGGUCUUACUCGAGUUUUCUUAUAGUUGAAGUUCAGGGACGACAAGCCAAAUAUGCGAACAGCUUCUCAACAUCAUCUGAUGUAUUACUUUUCGAGCAGAAGAGGCUCUUGCAAAUUCCAUCAGGCGAUUAAACCCAGAGUUUGGAAUUCUAGUCAAAUUAGCUUCACCGGAAGAGGUCAGAGUCUUCGAUUUCCAGCACCAAUCCGCAAAACCAGAUUGUUUGUGAUUUCAAACACGGAUGAUGGCUAUGCAUGUGCCCCUUUGCUAGAAGAAGAGCGCAAUACGAACAAUGUGCCCACUUCGGAAUCAGAGACAUUCUUUAGCGAAUGGUCUCCUCCAAGUUUCUUAUGGAGAGGAUUGUCCGUUCUUGUCCUCGCAGGGCAGGUUAUUAUUCGGAUUUUAAAGGGUAAAGUCCACUGGGGGAAUACUCUCGAACAACUGGAGAGAGUUGGACCGAAAUCAGUCGGGGUUUGUCUUCUAACCUCGGCAUUUGUCGGCAUGGCCUUCACCAUUCAGUUCAUUAGAGAAUUUACCCGAUUGGGUUUGAACCGAUCAAUUGGCGGGGUAUUAGCCUUAGCAUUCUCGAGGGAGCUAAGUCCUGUGGUUACAUCGAUUGUGAUUGCUGGACGAAUUGGAAGUGCAUUUGCUGCAGAAUUAGGAACGAUGCAGGUUUCAGAGCAGACCGACACUCUAAGAGUUCUUGGAUCGAACCCCAUUGAUUAUUUAGUCACACCUCGAGUUAUCGCUUCCUCUUUAGCUUUGCCGUUUUUGACUCUGAUGUGUUUCACGAUCGGGAUGGCAUCGAGUGCCCUUCUGGCCGAUAGUGUUUACGGGAUCAGCAUUAAUAUCAUCUUAGAUUCAGCACAAAGGGUUUUACAAUCAUGGGAUAUAAUUAGUGCAAUGAUUAAAUCUCAGGUUUUCGGUAUGAUUAUGUCGAUUGUGAGCUGUGCUUGGGGAGCCACCACAAUUGGAGGAGCCAAAGGUGUUGGUGAGUCGACUACUUCCGCUGUGGUUAUCUCACUAGUUGGUAUUUUCAUGGCGGAUUUUGCACUCUCGUAUUGCUUCUUCCAAGGGGCUGGAGAUUCUUUGAAGAAUUGUGUAUAAAGUUGUUCCAAGUUUUGGCUAGUUUGUGCUUUGACCAUAAAGAAAUAAGAGCUCGUUACCGGGUUCAAUUCGGAUAAAGCUCAAAUGAUAAGCGGAGAUAUUUUUGUGAAGUUUUUUUGUUCUUUUUUUGGCUAGUUUAUGAUUAAUGUAAGUAUUGCAUUCUUGGUAUAUGUAUUUAUAGGUAUUCAUGGGUCGGGUCGAGUUUUAGUCGGGCUUAAGGAUAAUAUUAACAUAUUAUAUUUGUUUUGCUCAACUUAAAAUAUGAGUAUAAAAUUUUGUUUAAAUCCA